AUAAAAACAGUUAGAAGAAAUCUAAUUAUUCUUAUUAAGAACAGAGCUAGAAUAACCGAAUCAGCUCUAUCCACCAAAGUCUCCACAGAGGAUAUUAUCCUAGAAGAGAUCUUAUUUACCUCUAAGGAUAUUACUAAUCUAAAAAACUACGCUUAA